GCGGCGAGGGCCGGAAGAGCGAGUCGCGACUGGGCGCCGGGUUCUCCAUGGCGGCGGAGCGGGCCGGGACCAGCCCCACCUUCCCUCCUCCCGCGCCGGGCCAGGGCCGCCCCUUGGCGGGGAUGUGAGGAGCCGCCGCCGCAGGUUUCAGCAUUGCAUCACCCUAUCUCCAGUAACAGCAGCUCUUCUGUUCCAUGAUCGAUGUGGCGGUUUUGAACACUUCAGUAGUUUACGAAAUGACCCAGAGUGGAGGAAAAUAUGAUUUCUAUAUUGGUCUCGUGUUGGCUAUGAGCUCCAGCAUUUUCAUUGGAGGGAGUUUCAUCCUAAAAAAGAAGGGUCUCCUCCGGCUGGCCAGGAAGGGCUCCAUGAGAGCAGGUCAAGGCGGUCAUGCAUAUCUUAAAGAGUGGCUGUGGUGGGCUGGACUUCUGUCAAUGGGAGCUGGUGAAGUAGCUAACUUUGCUGCUUACGCAUUUGCACCAGCUACAUUAGUGACUCCAUUGGGAGCUCUCAGUGUUCUUGUAAGUGCCAUUCUUUCAUCCUAUUUUUUAAAUGAAAAACUUAAUCUGCAUGGAAAAAUUGGAUGUUUGUUAAGUAUAUUGGGGUCAACUGUGAUGGUCAUUCAUGCUCCACAAGAAGAGGAGGUAGAAACUUUGAAUGAAAUGUCCCACAAGCUAGGAGAUCCAGGUUUUGUGGUUUUUGCAACACUUGUCGUCAUUGUGUCCUUAAUACUGAUAUUUGUGGUAGGACCUCGCCAUGGACAGGCCAACAUUCUUGUGUACAUAACAAUCUGCUCUGUAAUUGGAGCAUUGUCAGUCUCCUGUGUGAAAGGCUUGGGCAUCACUAUCAAGGAACUUAUUGCAGGAAAACCUGUGCUAAAACAUCCUUUGUCCUGGAUUCUGCUGCUAAGUCUUAUAAUCUGUGUGAGCACACAGAUCAACUAUUUAAACAGAGCUCUGGAUAUAUUCAACACUUCCAUAGUGACUCCAAUAUAUUAUGUAUUCUUUACAACAUCUGUUUUAACUUGUUCUGCUAUUCUUUUCAAGGAAUGGCAACACAUGUCUGCUGCUGACAUUAUUGGCACCUUCAGUGGUUUUCUCACGAUCAUUGUGGGGAUCUUUUUAUUGCAUGCCUUUAAAGAUGUAAAUUUCACUCUAGCAAAUCUGCCUGUCUCCUUGCGGAAAGAUGACAGAGCAAUCAAUGGCACUCUGCCAACCACAUAUGAAUGCUUUAAUCAUGACGAAGAAAGCUCAACCUGUGUAGGUGAAAUACAAUCCAGUGAAAAUGUCCCAUCCAGGAGAAAUGGAAGUCUGGCAGCAUUCUGAAAAUGUGUUAAAAGAACAAUUCUGUAACUUUUUUUUGCUGUAAAAUGUUUGAGUUUGGAAGCAGAUGAUGUACUUGAACAAUAUGUACAGACAAUCAUAAAUUUUUAGGUUUGAUUAGUUUGGACCAAGAAUAGUGAUGGAGUUUUAAUUUGCCUUAUUUUUACUUUAAAAAGACACACUGCAAUGACCUCAGUACAUGGUUUGGUUUUGUUGCUCUUAAGUUAUCUGUGUAAACUUGUAAAUAUUUUUAAUUUGAAUUUUCCAUUUUAAAGACUUAUUGCACUAAACAAUUUUAACUAUAUCAAAAAUAAAUUGCUUUAAUUUUGCA